UUAUAAUCUCCCUCUAAGUACUGGAAGGCCCCAGUGAGGUGUUCCUGGAGCCUUCUCCAGACUGAGCAAGGCAAGCUCCUUCAGUCUGUUGUAGGAGCAGUGCUCCAGCCCUCAGAUUAUCUCUGUGCCCCUCCUCUGGACUCUGUCCAACAGCUCCACAUCUUUCUUGUGCUGGGAGCCCCUGACCUGGAUGCAGUACUCUGUGUGGGGGGCCUCACGAGGGCUGAGAAGACAGGGACAAUCCCCUCCAUUGCUCUGCUGCCACCCCUCUUAUGAUGCAGCCCAGGAUAUUGUUGGCCUUCUGGGCUGCAAGCCCCUAAAUUCUCAGCCAGAGCUACUGUCAGUGAGUUCUUCUCCCAGUCUGUAUAUGUAUCUGGGAUCGCCCUUACCUGUGGCUUUGUUGAACCAUAUUAAGAUUACAUGGGUCUGCCUUUUGAGCUUGUUCAGGUCCUUCUGGAUGGCAUCCCUUCCUUCUGUUGUGUCAGCUGCACCACUCAACUUGUCGUCUGCAAACUUGCUGAGGAUGCACUCAAUCCCAUCAUCUGUGUCACUGACAAAGAUGCUAAAGAGUACCGGUCCUAAGACUGACCCUUGGAGGACACCGCUUGUCACUGGCCUCCACCUGAACAUAGAGCUGCUGACCUCAACUCUCUGGCUUUGGCCUUCUAACCAAUUCCUUAUCCAUUGAAUAGUUCAGCCUUCAAACCCACAUAUCUCUUCAAUUUAGAGAUGAAGAUGUGGUGCGGGAUCACGUGAAAGGCCUUGCACAAGUCCAGGUAGAUGACAUAAGUUGCCCAUUUCUUUGUUCACCAGUGCUGUUGCUCCAUCAUAGAUGGCCACCAGAUUGGUUAGGAAUGAUCUGCCCAUGGUGAAGCCGUGCUGGCUCUCUCAGAUCAUCUGCUUGUCCCUCAUGUGCUUCAAUAUAUCUUCCAGGAGGAUGUGUUUCAUUAUCUUCCCAGACACAGACACGAGGCUCACUGGCAUGUAGUUCCCCAGAUCUUCCUUUCUCUCCUAAAAAUGAGAGUGAUGUUUCCCUUUUUCCAGUCAUGGGGGACUUCACCUGACAGCCGCAACUUUUCAAAUAUGACGGAUUUCAAAACCGAUGGAUUGGCAACCACAUCCAUCGGUUCCUUCAAGUCCCUGGGAUGCGUGUAAUCAGGCCUCAUGGACUUGUACACGUUUAUUCUCUCAAGACAGUCUCAGACUUGCUUCUCUCUUACAGUGGGAGGGUUUUUGCAUCCCCAGUUCCCACUUAGAGGUUCAGGGAUGUGAGGGACACACGCCUUCUGGCUGCCUGUGAAAAAUGAGGCACAGAACCAGUUGGGCACCUCAGGCUUCUUUGUGUCUGUUUCCAGUUCUCCCUUCUCACUUAUCAGAGGGGUGCACUCUUCUUGGCCUGUCUCUUGUGACCAACACACCUGUAGAAUCCCUGGUUAUUUUUCACAUCCCUCGCCAAGCAGACUUCCAUCUGUGCUUUGAGUUUCCUGACCCCACCUCCACCCGGUGCAAUAUAUCAUAGUUAUCCCCUAAUAAUGCCAUUAUAGCUAACAGGGAAGAACCCAGACAAGUGAUAUUGCUUUUACUCCGGGGCCAACUCAGAACCAUCUGAAGCAACUCAGGCCCCACUUCUACAGCUGUUACCGUAUCUUUUUUAUAAUGUCCGUUUACCUCGAAACUUAGGUAAAAACUCCUUAAUUUCUGUUAUUUCAGACACUGAACCUGGAGUUCAUAAGCAGCUCUGCCGCAGGAAGGCCUCCUCCUCCUACGGCACCUGGCCGCCGAUCGGCCCUCGGCUCCGCGACUGCUCCAGGUUCUGUCCGCGGCCGCUGCAACUCUGCGGCCGGUCCGUCCGUCCGUCCCAGAAAGGCCCGGCUGCGCGGGGCAUUGUGGGGGAGAGGAAGGAGGGAGGGAAGGCCGUCCUGGCGAGGUGCAUGCCGGGAUCGGGGCGGGCGGCGUUCGGAGGCCUGGAGAGGGGCGGUCGUUCCGUCGGUGUCUCGGGGCCGCGGCGGUCGGUGGGCUCGGGCCGGCGGCGGAGGAGGCUCCUGUCCGGCGGCGGAGGAGGCUCCUGUCCGGCGGGGAUGGCGGACGUGGCGGCCUCCCCCGUGGGAAAGCGGCUCCUGCUGCUGCUGGCGGCGGCGCCGGGCGAGGGUGAGGCGGCGGGGCCGGACUCUGGGCCUGCGCUGCCCUCCCGGGCCUGGCGGAGCGGCACGGUGCGGGCUAUGAGCGGAGCGGUGCCCCAGGACCUGGCGAUCUUUGUGGAAUUUGAUGGCUGUAACUGGAAGCAACAUGCCUGGGUAAAAGUCCAUGCUGAAGAGGUUAUAGUGCUGUUACUGGAAGGAUCAUUGGUGUGGGCGCCUCGAACUGAUCCAGUUCUGCUUCAAGGGGCUCGAGUCUCACCAAAACAGUGGCCUGCAUUGACCUUCACUCCUCUAGUAGAUAAGCUGGGUUUAGGCUCUGUGGUCCCAGUGGAGUUUCUUCUGGACAGACACUUACGUUUCCUGUCUGAUGCCAGUGGAUUACGAUUGUUUCAGAUGGGAACAGAGAGUCAGAAUCAGAUACUGCAGGAACAGCCAUUGCUAAGAGAAUCUGUCAAUUCAUUGUUCAGUGACCAGAAACUUCAGGAGAUAUUUAGUAGAGUUCCUUACAGUAUCCAAGGCCAAAGAGUUAAAGUUUACCAACCAGAAGAUGAAAAUAGCUGGCUCUGUGGUGUUGUGAGCCAUCAAGACCCAAUAACACGUCUCAUGGAGGUGUCUGUGACUGAGACUGGUGAAAUGAAGUCAGUGGAUCCUCGUCUGAUUCAUGUCGUGAUGGAUAACACUUCUCCAAGUGAGGGAGGGGGCCUAAAAGCAUCUAAGUCAUCUAAAGGAAAGAAGAAGAGAGAAAAUUUUGAGGGAAAAGAUGGCCGGAGGAGGAAAAAUGUUUCAGAUUCUGGGUGUGAUCCUGCAACAAAGAAGCUAAAGGAGAGGGGUGAGGUGGAUGGCAACGGUAGUGAUGGAGCUGAGGCAAGCAGAGGUCCUUGGAAAGGAGUCUCCAGUAGUGAAACAGGACUGGAUCCAAGGGCCAAACAGUUGCCUUCAUUUGUUCCUCAAAUUAAUCGCAAUAUUCGCUUUGCUACUUACACCAAAGAGAAUGGCCGAACAUUAGUAGUCCAAGAUGAGCCAGUUGGUGGUGACACAUCAGUGCCAUUCACUCCAUUUUCCUCUGUGGCUGGACAAGCAUUGCUAGUUGGAUCUGGAUGUAAAGAAGCUGGAAAAUCACUGGAACAGAUUGGCCAAGGCACAGUGACUUCUGCAACCACAGUUAGUACGACUGCUUUGACACCAACAACUGUGAGAAUCUCUGAUACUAGUUUGCCAGCAAUUACUGGACAGGAGAAACUGAAAACAGGCCGAACGCAAAUCCAGGGAGAGAAUUCUCGAAAUUCACUUUCAGCUUCCUCUGGAUUUGGGAUCUCUCUCCCAGGUGCUUCCCAGUCUUUAGCAUUUGGAGGUGGAAGAAGCCAGUCAAAUGGAGUGGUGACUCCAGAAAGCAAGCCUUCUGGAUUUGUUUUUGGUUGUGGUACUGGACAAGAGGCUCAGAAAGAUUCUGAUCUGUCUAAGAACCUGUUUUUUCAGUGCAUGACCCAAAACCUACCUUCCAGUAACUACUUCACGGUCAUUUCAGAAAGCUUAUCUGAAGAUGCCUCCAGUCGGGACUCAUUCAAGCAGUGCACAGAAAGCGUGGGUGCUGGGGUCUGCAAAGGUAAAGUUCUUUCAGCGGACACGCAGUCUGGCAGUUCUGUGGAGCGGAAGCUGCCUGUGGAAUGUAUGCCCACCCUUACUCCAGCUUUUUCACGAAGCUUGUUGAAUACUCGCCCCCCAGAUAGUCAUGAAAACUUAUUUUUACAGCCCCCAAAACUAUCAAGAGAGGAACCCUCAAACCCUUUCCUGGUAUUUGCUGAGAAAACGGAACUUAGUCCUUUCAGUGGCUUUGCGUCAUCUCAGACAGGGGUUUCUACUCUGUCUACAUCUGUGGGUCAUAAGACUGCUUCUGGCUGGCCAGAAUCGAUCACAGCUACAGACUCUCUAGCUAAGAAGAAAACCUUGUUCAUAACAACUGAUUCCUCAAAGAUGAUGUCCAGUACUCCUGGUUCAGCAGCUUCGGUUGGUGUUCAGAGUCCUUCCACUGCAGGGAAUGGCCGUUCCAGCUCACCAACCAGCAACCUGACACAGCCUAUUGAGAUGCCCACGCUUUCCUCUAGCCCAACAGAAGAAAAACCAGCUGUUGGGCCUGGCCAGCAGGACAAUCCUCUUCUGAAAACUUUUUCUAAUGUGUUUGGCAGGCAUCCACCUGGCUUUUUCUCUUCACAGGCUGAGUUUAUGCAGGACAACAAAGCCCCCUUUGAAGCUGUGAAAAGAUUCUCACUAGAUGAGCGGAGCUUGACAUCUAAACAGGAUUCAGACUCCAGUACCAAUAGUGACCUCUCAGAUUUAAGUGACUCUGAAGAGCAGUUGCAAGCUAAGGCGUGUAUGAAGGGCAUCCCAGACCACUUGAUGGCAAAACUAGGUCCCAAUGCAGAGCGCAAUGCUGAAUUGCUGCUGGGGAAAGGAAAAGGGAAACAAGCCCCAAAGGGCCGGCCUCGCACGGCUCCCCUAAAAGUUGGCCAGUCUGUGCUGAAAGAUAUGAGUAAGGUGAGGAAGCUGAAGCAGUCAGGUGAGCCUUUUCUCCAAGAUGGUUCUUGCAUCAAUGUAGCCCCACAUCUGCACAAGUGCCGGGAAUGCCGUCUGGAGCGGUACCGCAAAUUUAAGGAGCAAGAGCAAGAUGACUCAACUGUGGCAUGUCGCUUCUUCCAUUUCCGGAGGCUUAUAUUUACCCGGAAAGGUAUUUUAAGAGUAGAGGGUUUCUUGAACCCACAACAGAGUGACCCUGAUGCCAUGAGUCUGUGGAUUCCUUCCUCCUCCCCUGCAGAGGGUAUUGACCUGGAGACUUCAAAAUACAUCCUUGCCAAUGUUGGAGACCAGUUUUGCCAGCUCGUUAUGUCAGAAAAGGAAGCAAUGAUGAUGGUGGAGCCACAUCAGAAAGUGGCGUGGAAGCGAGCAGUACGCGGUGUGCGGGAAAUGUGUGAUGUAUGUGAGACAACUCUAUUCAAUAUUCAUUGGGUUUGUCGCAAGUGUGGAUUUGGGGUCUGUCUGGACUGUUACCGGCUGAGGAAGAAUCGUCCACGUAGUGAGACAGAGGAGAUUGGUGAUGAGGAAGUCUUCUCGUGGCUGAAAUGUGCAAAGGGUCAGUCUCAUGAACCAGAAAACCUUAUGCCAACACAGAUCAUUCCUGGUACAGCCCUUUACAAUAUUGGAGACAUGGUUCAUGCAGCACGAGGCAAAUGGGGUAUAAAAGCCAACUGUCCAUGUAUUAAUCGACAGAAUAAAUCGGUAUUGAGACCAGCUGUCACUAAUGGAAUAUCACAGCUUCCAACUGUUAAUCCCAGUGCAUCGGUCUCUGGAAAUGAGAGUACCUUUUCCACUGGAGCAGGAACAGCAGGAGUGGGGCAGUUAGAAAUGGACAGUGUUCCAAAAUCUGAAGCAAAUGAUAGUAGGAUAGAAGAACCUGCAAAAACGGAGACGUUAUCAAUCAGUAACACUGCUGAAACAAAGACCAACAGACCACUUUGCUCAGAAACAGCCCCAUCAUCAGCCUUACACUGGCUUGCAGACUUAGCAACACAAAAAGCAAAAGAAGAAACAAAAGAAUCAGGGUCGCUGAGGUCAGUGCUUAAUAAAGAAUCCCAUUCACCCUUUGGAUUGGAUUCCUUCAACUCCAGUACAAAGGUUUCCCCACUAACCCCAAAGCUGUUUAAUAGCCUGUUGUUGGGCCCAGUGACAUCUAGCAACAAAGCUGAAGGCUCCAGCCUCAGAGAUCUCCUACACACAGGGCCAGGAAAGCUUCCUCAGGUUCCAUUAGACACAGGAAUCCCCUUUCCUCCAGUUUUUUCUGCAGCUUCCACGGGGGCCAAAGGUAAAGCCAGCCUGCCUAACUUCUUAGACCAUAUCAUUGCUUCUGUAGUGGAAAAUAAGAAGACAUCUGAUGCUGCAAAACGCGCUAGUAAUUUAGCUGACACGCAAAGAGAUGUGAAGGAAAUGGUAAUGGGUUUGAAUGUGCUAGAUCCACACACUUCCCACUCUUGGCUGUGUGAUGGUAGACUCCUUUGCCUUCAUGAUCCUAGCAACAAAAACAACUGGAAGAUCUUCAGGGAGUGCUGGAAACAAGGCCAGCCCGUGCUGGUAUCUGGUGUCCAUAAGAAGUUGAAGUCAGAGCUUUGGAAACCAGAAGCUUUCAGCCUGGAAUUUGGAGAUCAAGAUGUAGAUUUGGUGAACUGCAGGAACUGUGCCAUAAUUUCAGACGUGAAAGUGCGUGACUUCUGGGAUGGCUUUGAAAUAAUAUCUAAGCGGCUCAGGUCAGAGGAUGGUCAGCCAAUGGUACUAAAGUUAAAGGAUUGGCCUCCAGGGGAGGACUUCAGAGAUAUGAUGCCUACGAGGUUUGAGGACUUGAUGGAAAAUCUUCCUCUUCCUGAAUAUACAAAGAGAGAUGGCAGAUUGAAUUUGGCUUCUAGACUGCCAAGCUACUUUGUCCGUCCUGACUUAGGUCCCAAAAUGUACAAUGCUUAUGGCUUAAUCACUGCAGAAGACAGACGAGUUGGUACAACAAAUCUGCAUUUGGAUGUGUCUGAUGCUGUGAAUGUCAUGGUGUAUGUUGGAAUUCCCAUCGGGGAAGGGACUCAUGAUGAUGAAGUUUUGAAAACAAUUGAUGAGGGUGAUGCUGAUGAUGUAACAAAGCAGCGAAUCCAUGAAGGAAGGGAAAAACCUGGAGCAUUGUGGCAUAUCUAUGCUGCCAAGGAUGCUGAAAAGAUACGGGAACUUCUCCGGAAGGUUGGAGAAGAACAAGGCCAAGAAAAUCCCCCAGAUCAUGACCCUAUUCAUGACCAAAGUUGGUAUUUGGACCAGACCUUACGUAAGAGACUGUAUGAUGAGUAUGGUGUACAAGGCUGGGCAAUAGUGCAGUUCCUAGGAGAUGCUGUGUUCAUUCCCGCAGGUGCUCCCCAUCAGGUUCAUAAUUUGUACAGUUGCAUUAAAGUGGCAGAAGAUUUUGUAUCUCCAGAACAUGUGAAGCACUGCUUCCGUCUGACCCAGGAGUUCAGACACCUGUCUAAUACUCAUACAAACCAUGAGGAUAAACUGCAGGUGAAGAACAUUAUCUACCAUGCAGUGAAAGAUGCUGUUGGCACACUGAAAGCUCAUGAAUCCAAACUAGCUAGAUCAUAGGAACUGCUACGUCCAAGAACCCUGUGAAGUAAGCCUUUUGCUCACAGUAUAUACGUGGACUGCACCUGUCUGCCUCUGCAGGAGUAGAGGCUUCUCACUGAGAGCUGGUGUGGUUCAUAUUAUACACUCUUCAGCUACUGUUUUCUACGCUGCCUCAACACUGAAGGUCUAAUGGAAGGUUGCCCUUCUACAUGCAGAAUUCCAGAUUCUAAUGAAAGGUGACAUGUCCCUUUCUUGUGGCCUUUUGCAAAUUGGAAGAACAUGGAAACUACUUCGUGUUCCUACAUAUUAUGGUCAGAAAUGGUGAAAAGAGUGUGGAUGUCUUUCCUCAUGCCUAGUUAGUCUCCUUGAAGGUAGCAAAAUUUGCUGGAGGUGGGUCAUUCUACUGCCGACUUAGCUGGUAGCUGCUGAAAGAGUGUGAGUAACAGUAGCCCAACUGCAGAAAUGUACGUAAAUUUCCCACGUGAGAUACAGGCCAAGGAAAAAGAGCUGUUUUCUGCACUCCCCUUUUUGCAGCCAUUUCCCUAUACACUGUAGAGUUGCAGAACUAAAGGGAGAACCCACUUUUUUUCCCCAGGAGACUCCAGAAACAGGAGAAUUGUGUAUUUAGUGAAAAACUAGGUUUGUAGUUAAACAGUUAAUAUUUCAUGAAAGUAGAUAUUUUUAGUAUUUUUGAAGUACCACAACUGUUCUUGGAUUUUCAAGGAAAGGUGUAUUAUGUUUAGUCUUCCUUUCAAUAAAAUCAAGAAGUGAUUUUUAGAAAGCAGUCCAAAAUAGCACAAAAACAGCCAAAGGAGAGUGAAUAGAAAUUGACAACCCACCUUCCUUACCCAUAUUCCUCACUUGUCUUCUCCUGUCUCCCCACUGCUUCCACA